AUGGCAGUCGCACAAGAUGGAAACAGUAACGUCUUCCCAUUUGCCUUCACCCUAGUCGAGGGAGAGACCGGUGUUGGUUGGAGUUUCUUUCUCAAAAACCUCAAAACACAUGUGGCUUCGCAACUUGGUCUUUAUUUGAUCUCUGACAGACAAGCUUCUAUUGUGAGUGCAUACCCGACUAAUGGUUGGCAUGACCCCCCUUCUACACAUGUCUUCUGCAUUAGACAUAUUGUACAAAAUUUCACGCGAGAGAUUAAAGACAGAGCUCUCCGCAAAUUGGUUAUGAAUGCAGGGUAUGCAUUAGCUCAACUAUCGUUCAAACAUUAUCGUAGAGAGAUCAAAUUGUCAAAUCCAGAUGCAGGUACUUGGAUUGAUAAUAUUCUAGUGGAGAAAUGGACUUGGUCAUACGAUAAUGGACAACGAUGGGGCCACAUGACAACAAAUAUUUUUGAAUUAAUGAACGAUGUCUUCAAAGGCAUACAAAACCUCCCUAUAACCGCUUUGGUAAAAUCAACAUAUUUUAAGAUGGCUUCGUUGUUUGCACAAAGAGGUGAAAGGUGGGACGCGAUGUUACGAUCUGAACAAUUAUGGAGUGAAUGUUGCACAAGAUUUAUCAAGGCAGAAGGAGCCAAAGCCAACACACAUGUGGUUACAAGGUUUGACCGACAUAACCAGAAUUUCAUGGUCAAAGAGAUAAUCGACCAUAAUGUGGGACUACCAAGACAAGAGUAUUGGGUUAUACUAGAAGAACGUUGGUGCGAUUGUAGAAAGUUUCAAGCAUUUUGUAUGCCUUGCUCCCAUGUCAUUGCAGCAUGUGCCCAUUCUCACAUAGAUGCAUUAACACUUCUGUCUCCCAUUUACAUGUCCGAGACCUUGCUAUAUAUAUACAACACUGACUUUGUAGUGGUAGCAAAAGAGGAUGAUUGGCCUGUGUAUGAGGGGGAAAUUGUUUGGCACUACGACCAAAUGCAAAGAAAUAAAAAGGGUCGUCUCCAAAGCAAGCGUAUCAUAACUGAAAUGGACGAGCUUGACAAGCUAGAAAGAAAGUAUGGUUUAUGCCGUCAAGUCAGACACAAUAAAAAAAAUUGUCCCACACGUGCUAGUGGUUCAACCAAUUGA